AUGUCGUACGACCCCAAGAAGGAAAAGGAACACAUUGGCUACCGCCAGUAUCGGGUGUUGACGAUCAAGGUGGCCUGUGUGCUCUUGGUUGCGGUGGGUGUCGCAGUUGCUGUAAAAAUGCAAGACAAAAUGGUUGGUACUAUGGACAGUAUUAGUAAAGAAGAAAAUACUACACAACAAUUGCGUCCCAAGGUAACAGAAUCCUCCGUGAUGGAACAACAAGACUCGACAACGGAAACAACCACAAGUGCUGGUAGUGAAACAAGUGAGAAAGCAACAGCUCCCAUUGGGAAGAAACAAGACAAAGAUUUGGGAACGUUGGAAGACAAGGAAGAUUCUGCUGCCUUGCCCGAUCUUCCCUUUGACGAUGACAGACCCAUCUUUGUGUUGAGUUUGCCCUUUAAUGGAGACUUGGUCAUGCCGCGCUACUUUAAAUGUGCGGGUGUCAACAAAGUGGGACGAUAUUGGACUCAUCCUGAUCCCAGUGAAGCAGCUCGACGUCCACUCGGGCGAUGUCUCCAAUUCAAUAUGGAACAAAUGAUGAACAAAUCCAGCACCAACCCCAUCUCUACCAUCACGGAGGGGUGUGGGAGACAAUCCGUUUGGAUGGACCUACAGUACAUUCAUCCACCUCGAACCAAGGGAAGCAUCCUACGCAGCCACCAAUGCUUUGAUCCAGUCCUAUUCCCAGGAGCGCUGGAAAAUCUAUACAAGGCAUAUCCCCAAGCCAUUAUCGUCACGGCCCAGCACAAAUACUUUCCACGAUUAUGGCUUGAUGCACUCCCCAAAGAUCUCAAAACACACUGGAAAAAGUGGUGUAAUCCGACACAUGCCGAUGCCUUUCCCAAAAGCUCCAAAGCCACCGCUACUGCUGAUGCCCAAUACAUUGAAUUCUACAACAAUUAUUACCAAAAACUGGAUGAGUUUGUGGAGAAGCAUCAAGGAUGGGGCCGUGUAUCGAUCAAUCUCGAUGAAGAUCCAGAUGUCACAGCCAAACAAUUGGAAGAAGAACUCAAACUGCCACAAAAGUGCUGGAAAGAUGCUGUCAAAGGAGAAAUGGCCGAUGCGGCAGGAUCGGCACGACGACCCAUGGACAUCUCCUUUCCCAUAUUGGUCACCAGUCUGCCCAAAUCCGGUGCCGCCACGGCACAACAAUACUUUGCCUGUGGAUUGGGUGGUUGGACCGCUGCCCAUCAGUGGACCACACCCUCCGAUUCAACACCCGACAAUCCAUUGCGCGAUGUGCCCAUUGGGCAGUGCUUGCAACAAAAUUUCAAAAUUGAUCACAAAAAGGAUGUCUUCAAGGGAUGUGGCCAUGCACGUGUUUGGUCCGAUGUGGGUUUUAUGCGAUCGACACAAGGGAAAUGUUACUAUCCCACCUUGGAUGAAGAUUUUAUGGAUGCCUUUGCCAACUAUUAUCCGCAUGCGACAAUCUUUCAUGCAGUACGGGAUGCCAAAGAGUGGCUCACAUCGACCAAAGUCACCAAGUUGCCCGAACGGUGGAGUGCGGCAGAGAACUGUGUGGGAUUUCCGGAUGAUCCAACAGAAGAGGCCAUGUGGCAUGACUUUUACAACAACUAUACACAACGGAUUCGAAAAUUUGCAGCUUCGCACGUCAACAUGACAUACAUUGAAAUUCCUCUCACGGAUGAUGGUGCGCAGCAUCUUCAAAGCAUCUUUGGAUUCCAUCCAAAAUGCUGGGGUACUAAAAUGGCCCGAGAAAUUGACCAAUAG